AUGAGUGAGAGACCACUAUCGAGUGGAAGAAGGGAGAUGCAAGGGUCUAUCGAUUCCGGUGAGGAGUUGGGUAACAUUGGAGCAGUCGGCUUCGAGGCGAGAACUCAAGCGAGCAUUGGCAAGGCCGAGGGCCAGGCUAGCGUCGUCAAGGCUGGGAGCCAGGCUAGUGUCAAGGUUAGAGAGGAGAGGAGAGCCGAGGGUGAGGUCCUAGGGGGCGAGAUAACCCAGGCCGUCGAACGCGAGGCGCCAUAG